UAUAGUAGAAAGACUUAAUUAUUAUAAGCCGGGAGACUAUGUGAUUGCUGGGGUCACAUCUACCACAAAUACUUUAUUUUCCCCAUCUGUUUUCUUCAAGUCUCCCUCUGUUGAUUUUAUGACGAUUGAAGGCAUGAAUUUCUGGCACCUCCUGCCCUUCGUGUUCACCAUCCAUGAGAUAAACCAGAAUCCUCGGAUGUUACCCAACAUCACUUUUGGCUACAACAUAUAUGAGAACUAUUUCAAUGCAAAAUUAACUUUUAAUGCCAUGGUAGACCUUCUGUCUAUAGGGCACAAGCAUGUUCCAAACUAUGUGUGUGGAAGAAAGAAUAUCCUAGUGGCUGUUUCUGAAGGCGCUGAGACUGAAAUCUCCAAUCAGAUGUCCAGCAUGUUGAGUCUCUACAAAAUCCCACAGGUCAGUUAUACUUUUCUUAGUGGUGCUCUAAAAGAUAAAACUCAGCUCCCAUUUUUAUAUCGGAUGGUCCCCAAACAAGAGCCCCCUUACCUGGGGAUUGUCAAGCUUCUCCUGCAUUUCAAAUGGACAUGGACUGGUCUCCUUGUUCCAGACAAUGACCAAGGAGAAAGGUUUGUGAGCACCUUCACCCCUGUGAUGCUCAGAAACAGUCUCUGUGUUGCCUUCUUAGAAAGAAUCCCGGUGUUGGAUAGGGUCAAACAGUACUUUGAUAAGAUGUCAUUGCUCGUGCAGAGACAGGCUAAUGUGAUUGUCUACCACAUGGACACUCAUGCUGCAUUGAUUCUAGCAGUACUUUUGAAAGACGCUGAAAGGGUUGAGAAACAAAAAUUGGGGAAAGUUUGGAUCGCAACCAUUUUGGAGGAUCUCAGCAUGAGGUUGUUUUACAGAGUCGCUGAUAUCCAGCACAUCCACGGUUCGUUUUCCUUCUCAAUCCCAGCACAAAAAGAUACAAAAUGUGAUAAUUUUGAGUCAUUGUACAUUCCCAUCUUGGAGAGUUGGCACAAAGCAUUUCAUUGCUCAUAUUCAAAGUCUACCUUACCUCAGUCUAGAUGUGUGGAAAACUGUCGCCCCGGAUACACCAAGGUGGUUAAGGAAGGAGAGCCAGUCUGCUGCUAUGACUGUGCUCCAUGCAAGGGAGGGACCAUCUCCACUCGGGAAGAUGCAGAGCAAUGCAACAAGUGUCCAGAAGAUCAGCAUCCAAACAAGAACCGAGAUCAAUGUGUCCCCAAGGCUAUAACAUUCCUAUCCUAUGAAGAGACUUUGGGAAUCAUCUUGGCUUUCUUUGCACUAUUCCUAUCAUUGACCACACUGCUCAUCUUAGGAAUCUUUAUUAAAUACCUAGAAACUCCAGUCGUCAAAGCCAACAACCGUGACCUCUCCUACAUGCUCCUGGUCUCCCUCCUGCUCUCCUAUUUGUCCUCCUUUCUGUUCAUUGGUCAGCCCCAGAAGGUGACCUGUCUCCUACGACAAACUGCUUUCAGCAUCAUCUUCUCAUUUGCCAUCUCUUCUGUGUUGGCCAAAACCGUCACUGUGGUGGUGGCAUUCAUGGCCACCAAGCCAGGGAGCAAAAUGAGGAAAUGGCUGGGGAAGAGUUUGCCCAACUCCAUUGUCUUCUCCUGUUCUGUUGUCCAAAUAUGUAUUUGUGCUAUCUGGUUGAGCAUCUCUCCCCCCUUCCCAGAGGCUGACAUGCAUUCCCAGCCUGGGCAGAUCACCCUGCAAUGCAACGAAGGAUCUGUCAUAAUGUUUUACAUUGCCCUUGGCUACAUGGGCUUCCUGGCGGCCCUCUCAUUCAUGGUGGCUUUCCUAGCCCGGAAGCUGCCUGGAUCCUUCAAUGAGGCCAAACUGAUCACCUUCAGCACGUUGGUCUUUUGCAGUGUGUGGGUGUCCUUUGUGCCCACCUACCUGAGCACCAAGGGGAAAUACAUGGUGGCUGUGCAGGUCUUCUCCACCUUGGCCUCCAGUCUGGGCUUACUGGGUUGCAUCUUCCUUCCUAAAUGCUACAUCAUUGUACUGAGGCCUGAUCUGAAUAUGAAAGAACAUCUGAUGGCGAAAACUAAACGUGGUGCCUGAUUCUUCAUCUAUUCUUUUUAAACUUGAAUCUUCUUUGUCCAGUGUGGCUUUAAUAGAAUCAAUGCACUUCCAACCCCCCUAGUGCUAUUACAACUAAUAUUUCUUCCUUUC